CUAUUUUUGCCCUCAAGAAAUCACCUGGAUUGGGAAGAUAAUGAUGAUUCACUUAUCUGGAGUGAUAAGAGGAAAGAAGAGUUGGAAUUGAUGAUUGUGGAGCGCAAUUUAGAAAGGGGAUUUGUGAAGAGACGAACUGGGAGGAGGAGCAGGUGAUCGAAAUGGGCCGCUCUUCUGUUUGGAUCUUUCUACUGUCCCUUUCUCUCUCCCAUCAAAGUGUCACAGCACAAGCUGAAGCAUGCAGGACGGUGGUGCAGGCAGACAUAGUGUUUCUGGUGGAUGAGUCAUGGAGUGUGGGCCAGACCAGCUUCUCCAGUGUCAAAGACUUCAUCUCAGCCAUCAUCUCUUCCUUCCAGGACAGUGUAGUUGGAGAUGAGGGGGUCCGCUUUGGAGUCACUGUCUUUGGGGAUAUCCCGAGGAUGCGGAUUGCUUUGACAGACUACAGCUCUCUGGAGGAGGUGCUCAGAGCCAUCAGAGACCUUCGCUAUGAAGGUGGAUCCAAGAGGAUCGGCGAUGCCCUUCAGUUUCUGGUCGAUCCCGUUUUCAGCCCUGUCAUCAGUCGAGACCAUGCCCCAAAGAUUGCUGUUUUGAUCACAAACGGACGUUCAGACGACCAGGUUGAUGCCGCAGCCAGAGCUGUAGCUGACAAUGGGAUUUCUCUCUUUGCAGUAGGUGUUAGGGGAGCUGACGAAUCAGAGCUGAGGAGGAUUGUGUCAGAGCCAUAUGAGGAGCAUCUACUGAUGGGCACUGACUUCACUCUCCUGGAAACCAUCCUCCCCAAAGUGUCUCGCAGGCUUUGUUUUACUGCCUCUGAACCACCACGUCCUGUGAAAACUUUCCAGCCUGUUGAAAAGCGUGUAGUGGGUCCCAGAGACCUGCAGGUCAGUGAGUUGGCCCACAGUUCCCUCAGACUGACAUGGAGCCAGGCCACAGGUGAUGUCACCGGAUAUCGACUCCUGGCCACCCCUCUCAGCUCCAAAGGACAGCAGAGACCCCUACAGCAGAGACAGAUUGAUCUGAAGGCAGAUGUGAGCACAGCAGUGGUGACAGAGCUGAGUCCUAAAACAGACUAUUCCCUCACUGUCUAUGCCAUCUACCCAAGCCUCAUAGGAGACUCUGCGACAAUCACCGUCAAGACAACCCCUCUGCCCCAGGUGUCAAACUUCCGUGUUAUUGAGGAGGGUCUGUUCUCUCUGCGUCUGGGCUGGACCCCUCCUCUAGGGAAGCUCAAUGGAUUCAAGAUCUUCAUCCCAAGAUCCAACCGACCAGGAUUUACUUAUGAGCAGCUGCUUCCUGGAGACACUUCUUCUCAUGUGAUUGACAGCCUGGAGGAGGAUAAGAAGUACACCAUCAGUAUUUAUGCUGUUUACCCCCAGGGACCAAGCGAGCCGGUUUCAAUAACGGGCAAGACAUUAAAGCUGGUACCAGUUCAGCAGUUCCCGGUCCAGAACGCCACCACAGACACUGUCCAGGCAAGGUGGUCAUCAGUUAAGGGUGCUACGGGAUACCGUUUGACAUGGGCAUCUUCAGAUGGCCACAUAGAAAACAUAAACCUCGGGGACAACUUUAAUUUCUACAUGAUCCAGGGCCUCCACCCAGGCUCUGAGUACACCGUCACCAUCAACCCCAUCUUUGGAGACAUCGAGGGGCCUAUCACAACAACCAAAGUCAAGACAUUGGAGAGCAGCGCAGUACAGACUCUGAAGGUAUCUGCUGUGAGCACCAACACUGCUGUCAUCUCAUGGAACAGUGUCCCGGGGGCCACAGGAUACAGACUGGCCUGGGGACCCACGCCAGAGUUUGUUGGUCGAGACCGUCCCAGGCAGUUGGCUUUGAAUGGCAGCACCACAGAGUACCAGAUGAAGAAUGUAGCCCAUGAUACUGAGUACGUCCUGACUCUCUAUGUGCUGUUUGGAUCAGUGGUUGGGCCUGGUAUCUCUGCUACCUUCCGAACUUCUCCGUUGGGCUAUGUGUCCAACUUCAAGGUGACAUCCUACACCAGUACUUCCAUAGAUGUGGAGUGGAGUCCCAUCGUUGGAGCAACUGAGUACAAACUCUCCUGGAACACAGAUGAUAGCAGCCCCCAGUCCCGUUACCUGGACCGCAGUGUUCUCUUCCAUCGUAUCAGAGGCCUGAACCCACAGUCAACCUACAGAAUCACCAUCUGUGCAGUAUACGGAAACUCAGAGGGACCAGAAAUCUCUUUAUCUCAGCUCACAGCUACUGUCUCAGACUCUGAACCAAUCCAGGCAGUGAGUGAGGUGAAGGUUGUGGACAUUGGAGUCAACUCCUUCACCCUGUCCUGGAGGAAAACACCAGGGGCAUCUGGGUACAAAAUCUCCUGGAUCCCCUUCCUGGGGGGUGAUGAGAAGUCCCACGUGGUACCUGCUGCUUCCACCACCUUUACCAUUAAGAAUCUGCGUGAGAGCUCAGCUUACAAGGUCCAGGUGUCCUCCAUGGUGGGCAACAGAGAAGGAAGCCCUGCCCUGGUCACUGCACGCACCUUGGAUCUUCCCAAAGUGAAUGGCUUUGCUGCUCUGAACACUACAGACAGCAGCACUGUUCUGAACUGGACUCGAGUGGCAGGUGUCUCUGGAUACCGUCUUUCCUGGAGGCACAUCUCAGUGUUGGAGACUAAAACAGAGACUCUGGGCCCUGGUUUCACCUCCUAUAAGAUCAAUGAUCUUCUCUAUGGAAGAACAUAUAUUUUCACCAUCAAGCCUUUGUAUGGAGAAGUGGAGGGACCUAUAAGCACCGUGUACCAGAGAAUAUUGGGACAGGAUCCUCCAGUGGUAACAGUCCAGUCUGUGCCAGCCACAGUGGCCCCCCAUUCCCCUCAUAUCACGACUGCUUCACAGACUGUCUCUGUCACCAAUGCUACCAUCGUUCACGCAGCCACCAGGACCACCCGGCACCCCAUUGCUGUGCCCCCGAUCAAAACCAUAACCGCUAAGAAGCCUUCAGGUCAGCCAAGUGUCACUAAAGCUAAAGCAGGAGCAGUCACCUCCCUCCGAUUAACCACAUUUGACACAGAGACAACAGCUCAACCAAGACCAGUGUGUGGUAAGACCAAAGCAGACAUAGUGUUCUUAGUGGAUGAGUCCUCGAGCAUUGGCGCUAACAACUUUAUCAAGAUGAAGGACUUUAUAUUCCGGGUGGCCACCUACUUCCCUUACAUUGGUCCUCAGGACACACAGAUUGCCGUAGUUCAUUACAGUGAUGAGCCUCGAAUUGAAUUCCGCCUGAGUGACUACAAAGACAGAAACUCCAUGCUCAGGGCUCUCAGAGGGCUACGCUAUGGAGGGGGCAACACCAAAACAGGAAAAGGCAUCAGCUAUGUUCUCCAGGAACUGUUUCAGGAGUCUCUGGGGAUGAGGCAAGAUGUGGCCCAUGUUCUGGUUCUGAUUACAGAUGGCAGGGCGCAGGAUAAUGUGCUGCCACCCUCCAGAAUUGCUCGUGCUCUGGGUGUCAGUGUCCUGGCAGUUGGAGUUGCUAAUGCAGACAUCGAGGAGCUGAAUAAAAUAGCAGCUCCCACCAGCUACAAGAAUAUCUUCUACUCACCGACCUUUGAUGAGUUUCCCUCCAUAGAGAGAGAAUUUAUCAACAGUAUCUGUAGUGAGGAACUCCUCUCAGAAUUCAAGAUACAUGAUGAGGUUGCUCAGCUGGACACCCCGACUGAAGACCCAGAGGAGCUGCUUAAGCCUCAGGGUCCCUGCUCAUCCCAGUGUGUGAAGGGUCAGAAAGGAGAAAAGGGAGAUGGUUUUGGUCUUGGAGGUCUGAGAUUUAGGCAAAGCCCUGGACAGUUUGAUCCUUUCACUUCUUCCAAAGGAGAGAAGGGAGAGAGGGGGCCUUCGGGAACAGAUGGUGUUCCUGGGUUGCCUGGACGACCGGGGAGAACUGGACCCCCAGGUUCUGCUGGCCAGCGGGGCCCUCCAGGCGUCCCAGGUGAUAUGGGUCUCCCUGGACUCACUGGUCCAAAGGGCCAGAGAGGAGAGAGAGGAGAGCCUGGAUAUGUUAUAGCAGGCACAGAUGCAAAUUUUGUCCCCGGACGAAAAGGAGAACCGGGGUCUUCAGGUCCCCAGGGACCUGCUGGUGUACCAGGGGUCAAUGGAGCUCCAGGCCUGCCUGGCCAGCCCGGUCCACCAGGAUCAGCAGGAAUAUCUGUCAAGGGAGAUCCUGGUGAGCCAGGAGAAAAAGGUUUACGUGGGAAGCAGGGCUUGAAAGGAGACAAAGGAGAGUCUGGAAGAGAUGGCAUUGCAGGUUUGCCUGGUCCCAUCGGCAUUGAUGGGGUGCCAGGAUUACCAGGUCAGAAAGGAGACAAGGGUGAAGAAGGAAUUGGCAUACAAGGUAUUCAAGGGCCCCGUGGAGAGUUGGGAGAGAAGGGAAAUAUGGGUUUAACGGGACCAGUUGGCCCAAAGGGUGAGCGUGGAGAACAGGGCAUCCAAGGAGUCAUCGGACCUCGGGGAAAGAAGGGAUUCAAAGGGGAACAAGGGGACAAGGGAAAACAAGGAGAGAUGGGACCUAUAGGACCACAAGGAUCCACAGGAGUGAUGGGACCAGUGGGGUUAAAGGGAGAUGAGGGUCCGAGAGGAGCCCCUGGAGAUCCUGCCAAGGGUAUUAUUGGCCCAACUGGAAAAAAGGGUGCCAGGGGAGACGUUGGUCCAGUUGGUCCUACGGGUCCCCAAGGAAUAAAGGGUGAACAAGGAGACAAAGGAGAAAAGGGCAGUCCUGGUUUUGGGAUUCCAGGGCAGCGAGGACCAAAGGGAGAAAAUGGCGAGAGGGGAAAUGUUGGUUUGUCUGGAAAACCAGGACCAAAAGGGCAGGAUGGCUAUAAAGGUGACAAAGGGAGUCUUGGUUUACCCGGCAAUGCUGGAGAACCAGGAUUAAGAGGUAAAGAUGGUGCACCUGGAACUAAAGGAGACCAAGGGAUAAAGGGUGAACAAGGACCACCUGGAGAACCUGGUGACAGAGGAAUUAGGGGUCCACUGGGUUUACCAGGACGACCAGGGGACCCUGGAGAGAAAGGAGAAAUUGGGAAUCUUGGCUUGCCUGGAACUGAUGGAAAGAAAGGUGAAAAAGGAGAGCAAGGAAAACCAGGACCUCCGGGAGAACAAAUUGUUGCAGACAACAACAUACUGACCAGAGUUAUUAAGGGCGAACCAGGAGAACCAGGUCAGCCUGGUUUGAGAGGAGAAACAGGUCUGCCUGGACCAAGAGGUCCAGAGGGUAAACCAGGACUACCAGGGCCAUCUCUGGGUGGUUCUGGAAGAGAUGGACUUGUUGGUUUACCAGGGAAACCAGGAAUAAAGGGUGAAGAAGGACGAAAGGGAGAGCUUGGUUUGAAGGGAGAAAAAGGAGAUCAAGGCCGGGUUGGGAUCGCAGGAAUGCCUGGCUUACCGGGAACUCCAGGGAGACCUGGCAUCGAUGGGAAGAGGGGACUUUCAGGAAAAGAUGGAGAAAGAGGGCAAAAAGGAGAUGACGGCAAAAAGGGGGAUAAGGGAGAUGCAGGUGCAAAUGGUAAAGAUGGUAGUAAGGGGGAACCAGGACCUCCGGGAUUGCCUGGUAGGCAAGUGCUUGUCACUUCAGAGAACGCAAAUAUUGACGAAAUCCGACAAGCAUUCCCAAUCCCAAUGGGUCCUCCAGGAGCUACUGGUGCACCGGGAAUGAAGGGUGAUAAAGGAGAAAGAGGCCUACAAGGAGAGAAGGGUGAAGCUGGGGCUCCUGGAAAAUCUAUUGAGAUGAAGGACAUUGAAGUGAUGUUUGAAGCCUACGGCAUCAGGCUGCCUUUGCUGAAGGCUUUGAUUGACAGGCUGCUACAGGAGGGAAUAGAGGAGGUGCUUCAUGUGAUCGGCACCUCCAAGAAAACAAAGGAAAACACAGAAACUCACACAUCCAACAUCAUCACUAAGUACACAAGUCCAUUGAAGUUUGACCUUUCCAACCAGCCCCUGUCGGAGUUGGACACCAUUAAGGACGCUGAGUUAGACGGACAGCCUCCAGAGUCUUUAAAAGUUGACCCUUUGAAUGAAACUGCAGAGCGUCCCACAUUAUGGAGCGUCACCACGCUGAAAGGAGAGCAGGAGUCUGACAGGAUUGAGGCCAAAUUAAAGGCAUCUGAAGGGAAGGAGAUUGUAGACGGGGACAGCAGCGAAAUAUCUUCACUCAAAAUUAACCUGACUGUAGUCAACUCUACUUUAAAUUAUACUUCAACCCAGGAGACGGUUUCAGGGUUACCAGAAACUGUGGUGGAGACUGUUUUCCUCACACAGGAAGACUCUCUGAAGAAAAAUUCAGGACAAAAGAGAAAGAACAGGGAACGUGGGAAGGGCAAAGGAAAUAAAGGACGACAUAAGAGGCAGAGACACCGCCUGACAAGUGAAGAGGAUGAGCAAGAGGAAGAGGAGGAAGAUGAGUUUUAUAAUGGCGAAGAAUACAGUUAUGAGUAUGAGCUUCAAGACCAAACAGAUGAAUUCCUCCAUCCACUGGAAAACAAGGAGGAACAAUCAACAUCACACAGUCCCGUCCAGUUAGAAGUGUUGGCAGGCAUCUCCAGUCAUCCUCUGACGUCCCUCUCAGACCGAGACAUAAAUGCACAGGAUGAAGUGUCACUGCCUAUACCUCCCACCACCACAGAAGAAACAGAUAAGGUCCCUCGAUCCCAAAUCAGGGUCAAGAAAAGCGCUCCCUGGCCCUAUUCUAUGGUGUUCAUGCCAGGUGCCCCAGGUGGAAGAAAUCGCUUCAUGGAGGCACAAAAAUAUAUGUCCUCUGGAGCUCAAGGUUACAGCAGCUUGAAUAAGAAAAAGCAAGAAAAUCCUGACCUUCAAACACAUACCAAGAGUGGGAGGCAACAACGGAGGGGGAGACAGCGAUACAGUGAUACAGAAAGAGAGAUUGAUACAGAAACACAGGGUGGAGAAGUGGAACAGGGUACAACUGAAGAAGUAGAUGAGUGGGAAAGGGAGAAAGAGAAAGCAGUAGAACAGGAUGGAUUUAAAGAAUCAGGCCCUGAUCCAGAUUAUGACGAGGAGGAGAGGAGCGGAGACCACGACUGGGAGACAGGGGAGGAUGUAGAUCGAGAGAGGGAAGGGGAGGAGGAGGAACUGGAGAGGAAGCGAUUGGAGCUGGAGAGAGAGAAAAUGGAGAUGGAGAGAGAACUGGAGAGGGAGAGGACAGAGCAGGAGGGGGAGAGAGACUUGGAGAGAGAGAGGGAAGAAUGGGAGAGGAGGAGGGCAGAGAUGGAGAGGCGGCGGGAGGGGGAUUAUGAUGAAGAAACUGGGCAGCCAUACCCAUAUCCUCCAGAGUAUUAUUACCUAAAGGGACAACCGGGUGAGAAUGGAAAACCAGGACGAAAGGGUGAAAUUGGUGAAAAAGGGCAAAAGGGAGAGCCUGGCAUCGGCCACAGGGGGCCAGAAGGCCAGGCUGGUCCUCCAGGACAGAAGGGAGAACCAGGUGAGCCAGGACCUCCAGGUGCUCAGGGCAUCCAGGGUAUCCGUGGUAACCCUGGCAUCCAGGGCAUCCCAGGCCUUAGGGGUCUCCAUGGUGACCCAGGAAAUCCAGGUAGAGAGGGAGAGAGGGGUAAACGGGGUAGAAAUGGAUCACCAGGAGCUCCUGGACUUCGAGGAGCACCAGGACCUCAUGGUCCUCCUGGUGUGUCUGGAGUAAAAGGUGAAAAGGGUGACAGUAUUCCUGGAGAGCCUGGUGGCAGGGGGUUAUCUGGUUUUCCUGGCAGAAGGGGUGAUACAGGGACUCCAGGUGUUAAAGGAGCUCCAGGAAAUAUAGGUCCAAAAGGUUUGCGUGGCAGCAAAGGUGAAAAGGGUGACCGCGGGUUACCUGGAGUUAGAGGAGAACGGGGAAGUGUGCUUCAAAUGCAAGGGCCCCGUGGGGUUAAGGGUUUCAAAGGGGACGCGGGUGAACGAGGCCCACCAGGUUUUGAUGGAGAUAAAGGAGAAAAGGGUGAAGAUGGUCCCCCUGGAUUCAAGGGCGUUAAGGGUGAUGCAGGCACUAAGGGUGCGUUGGGACGGUUUGGAGCACGAGGACCAGUAGGCCAGAAGGGAGAUCCAGGGGAGCCAGGACUCAAUGGAGUAAAGGGCCGCAAUGGGGCUCAUGGAGUAAAUGGAGCCAAAGGGGACAAAGGAGACAUAGGACUGGACGGCCAGAAGGGCAAUCAGGGUGACUCAGGAGAACCAGGCUUACCAGGAGAAAAAGGGGAAAAGGGAGAGAAGGGAUUUAGAGGUUUACCAGGACGCAUUGGGAGUCCAGGCCUGGAUGGAGAAAAGGGAGAUACGGGGAUUUCUGGCACCCCUGGCAUACCUGGACUGAAUGGAGUCACAGGGCGCAAGGGUGACAAAGGAGAAGGAGGUAUUAAUGGUGUUGAUGGUGAGCCAGGAGAGAAAGGGGAUAAGGGUACAGCAGGUUUCCCAGGUUUCCCAGGGUUUAAGGGGUCAGAAGGGAAUCCAGGAAGGGAUGGGGAUGAGGGAGCACCAGGAGCCCCAGGACCCCGUGGGGACACAGGACCAAAGGGAGAGAGAGGCAGAAGAGGCAGAUUGAAGCCUUGUCAGAGGGGAGCACCCGGGACUCCUGGACAAAGAGGAGAAAGUGGUGCAUUGGGGACUGGAGGAGCAAAGGGGGACAAGGGAGAGCCUGGACUCUCAGCUGACGAAGUGAAGGAGCUGGUAACCCAGGAGGUUGUAGAAAAGUGUGGGUUGGAAUACAAGUUCAUGGUGAAGUCUGUGGAUCCUGAUGGAUCAACCACGGUGACUGACAAUAAAAAUAAGCCAGAAGAUGUGGAAACAUCCCUUUCUCAUGAUUUCAACGAGGAAGAGGUGGAAGAAGAAGGUGAAGAAGUGGAAGAGGAAGAAUAUGGAGAAAUGACCAGUCCUGCCCCGGUGAUCCUGGGAGAAAAAGGGAUCCUACCAAACCGCACUGACUCUCUUGAGGAAGGGACUAUGAAGUGGGGCCAGAGGAAAAAAAGAAGGGUUUUUGGAACAGACACUGCUGACCGCUGCCUGGAGCCCAUGUCAGAAGGUGCCUGUUCAGAAUAUGUGCUGCUCUGGUACUUUCACUCUCACUCAGGGGAGUGCAGGCCGUUUGUGUACGGGGGCUGUGGCGGCAACCAAAACCGAUUCUCCUCAAGACAAGAGUGCCAGAGUUGGUGUGUAAUGGAGAAAACAGGCACUGAACCCCGGAGAUGAAGCCAGCAACCCCAAAACAAGAUGCAAAUGUGUGUACAUGAUUGUGUAAAAUGUGAUGUUUUACUGUAUAUUGUUCUUAUUUAUAUAUUUCUGGCUUUUUUCAAAUUUGUUGUACGAACAAUAAGUCGGAAAUUAAAAUGUGAAUGUUAAAAACAGGUGUAUUUCUGAAAAUAUAACUGACAUUAGAGUGAGUUUUUGAACAUCCAAAGUGAUGAAUAUCAACACUACUGAAAAAUUAAAUCCGUCUUAACUUUU